AUGAAGAAGGCGUACGACAUCAUCGUAAUCGGUGCUGGCGCUGCGGGUUGUGCGGCCGCGCGCAACUGCGCUUUACAGCACCCUAGUGCCUCCAUCGCCCUCAUCGAGCAGGGUGGCCGCGCGGCUGUUCCGCAGGUGAUUCGAGUGCCAGUAAUGCAGCCCUACAUUACAUCAACGCGGGCGGCAAGGCCGUUUCUACAGACGUUGACAUGCGUCGCGGAGGACAAUCUAGCCAGUCGCUCUCUGGUGUACACGCGUGGCCGUGGCCUUGGCGGUAGUUGCCUUUGCAAUGACAUGAAGUACAUGCGCGGCACUCGAAAGGACUACGAAGGAUGGGCUGACGCCUCCUGGACCUACGACACGCUGUUGCCAGUGUUCAAGAGUCUGGAGGCGAAUUCGCGCGGUGGUUCGCGCGACCAUGGUGAGGCCGGUCCCCUGCAAGUAACGGAUGCGCAGCGCAGCAACAUUGACUCGAGCAUGAAUGUGCGGUUCUUUGAAGCCUGCGAGGCAGCGGGAGUGCCUGCGACAAAUGACCUCAACACUGGUAAGACGGAUGGCUUCUCAGCCAUGCAGUCCUACAUCGGUGGAGGUGCGCGCGUACAGCCCUUUGACACGCUAAUCGAGGGCACGCAGCACCGCACCCCAAACCUCGAUCUGCUGGUCAACACUUUCGCUGACCGCAUCCACUGCAAGGGUGGAAAGGUGCGCGCCGUGGAGGUUGCGCACCGCGGAGACAAAAUGGUGCUUGAAGUUAGGCACGUUGUUGUGUGCGCUGGAACGCUGCGCAGUCCCCUCCUGCUGCAGCGCAGCGGCAUCGGUGCGGAAGGUACCGUGCUGGACGCCCCGGCGGUUGGGCAGAACUUAAUCACCACAAGCGCCGCUGAUGUCGUCUUUUGCAUUGGCAACGCAGUCAAUGUCUACAGCAAGUCCAUCAGCUGGCGUAACUCGAAGUAUCUGUACCAGCAGUGGCGCGAGUACAAGGAAAACCGCACCGGCGUGUUCAGCGCCUUCGUCGAGGGUGCUGCGUACGUGCGGUCGCACCCGCAGCAAGACUCGCCGGAUCUGUCUCUUCUCUUCUUUCGCACUCCACAAAUGGGGACGGCGAACUGGGCGCGCUGCUGGCCGAUGGACGGCUUCACAAUGCGAGUGACGCAUCACUACCCGUCGAGUCGCGGCGAGGUGCGCUAUGAUAGCGACAAGGACACCACGCUCAUUCGAAGCGGGAUGCUCUCGACAAGAGAGGAUGUGCUGGCCAUGGAUGAGGGAGUGCAGUGGGUGGGACUGCUGACUACGCGUGACGGCACUCUGCGGUCAGUGUACCAUGUCGAUGAGAACGGACGGCAUGUGAGCCCGUUCUGGUCCUACAACGCGGUACUACGUCACCCCCGCGGCGGCCUCGACACACAACGCGACACAGCCGCCUUCUUGGCGGAGCACGUGAAGAGCGGCGGAGAUCUCUACGGAACCUGCGCCAUGGGCACCGUCGUGGACAGCCAGCUGCACGUGAAGGGGAUUGACGGGCUGCUUGUGGCGGACAGCAGCGUGGUGCCUGUGCCCACAGUGGCGAGCAGCAGCACGAUUGGCAGUGCCAUCGGUGCUCGCGUCGCUUCCUUCAUUCAGUGA